GCUAGUAAAACACCACCACUAUCAGAGCACCACACUCACUUUUUCCAAGGCAGCCAGAAAGAAAGAGGUCGCAUCCAACCCAGUUACCUUCAACUUCAUCAGAAAGAAAGCUACCUUUGACCAUGGGAGGAGAUACCGGGAAACCAAAACGAUCUGGGAGCAGAAAGGACGCUCUUCGUAGUUCAUCGAAACGAGGAGAAGGAUCCCCAAAGGAUCCAUCUAAACAAGAACUGAGGAGGACUGUCAGCAAUUGCAGCAGUUCUAGAGAUCGUCAUCUUCGUAGUUCAUCGAAACGACGAGAGGGACCACCUGAAGAUAGAUCAAAGAGAGAGCUGCGGAGGUCCGUUAGCACCUGCAGUAGCUCAAAACGAGAGUUGCGGAGGUCCGUUAGCAACUGCAGUAGCAUCAGAGAGAACAAGAGCGGUCAUCGUCGUGGUUCAUCGAAUCUAGAUGGAUCGCUCGAUGACAGAUCAAAAAGAGAGCUAAGGAGGACUUCUACAUGCAGCAGCUGCAGCAGCACCAGCAGUCCCACACAGAGGAAAUCUCCAGUCACCACCAGCAGCAGCACAAAGCAGAGCAGCAGCAAAGGAGACGAUGACAGAGACCCACAACUCGUUGCUUCUGGUUCUGAAACUCGCAAGCGAUACCUUGGAAAGAAGGCACCUUUGGACGACACUGAGGGCGACGGUAUCUUUUUGCCAAGCGAGGAGGGUGGCAGCAUCAUGAACAAUUUGCUGCGAUCCUAUUUUCCCAGUACAGCGAUUCCCAACAACCAAAGGGCGGCUUAGGAUGGUAAGUAUGGCUGACUGGCUAGUAGGUGUUGGGGCGGACAGAUUGAAUCAUUCGCUUCCUUCUGCUAACGGUGCAACCUACUAGCUACAUUGUACAUGUUAAACUAAACAUCCAUGAAAACCGAGAA